AUGUCGGCCGUUGCACUCGGCUACCCGAUGCCGACGAUGCUCAACUGGAACGGCGAGUACAACCGACCCGCGUGGCACUUUGCCGGCAGCCACAUCGCCAAGCUCCUGAGUCUCCUCGGCGGCAUCGAGGCGCUGCUGGAAGACGCCGGGAAAACCGAUGAUGUGAGCGAGGAUGACCUCGCCGUGUUGGUGGACGCAUACGACAUCUGGUUCCAACUACCGCCAUCGGUGCUCAUCCAGCGCUAUCAUCAGAUCAACCGCGAAGCCGACGAGCGCAUCCGCAAGCAAUGGGCGAACGAGGACUCGAAGAGCACGCUCCCCAUCCCGCCGCCCCGGCAGGACAUCAUCGUCACGUCCGCCAAGGACUGCUUCCCAGACAGCUACUCAGGCUCAGAUCCGCACUACGAGCACUGGCCGGCGUCGCCCAUGCCGGCCGACAUGUACGGCGACGGCACCGACCAGGUCCCCUUCUCCUUCGACUCGGCGCGCAAGUACAAAAAGGUGCGUCCGCGGUGCGUCAACAGCGGCAUGAUCAUGGGCACCAUGGGCGGACUCAGAGACGCCCUGCGCCGGUGCAAGGACAAGGUCGACCGUGUGGCCAUGGACGGCCGCCAGCUGUGGAGCGACCAGGCGCUCUUUGCAGAGGUCAUUGGCGACCAGGAGCUGUGGCGCAAGUGGGCGAGGCAUCUCGGGUCGUCGUGGAAUGGCAAAGUCGCACACAACGACGUGUCGUCGCUGAGUCCCGAAGUCCGGCCCAUCGCGGCGGCUGCGCUGCGAGGACGCCGCUUCGAGUUCGGCAUCGGGCUGGAUUACAACUUCACCACGAUCCCGCCCACGUGCUCCGCCGAGGAAGACGGCGCCUUCGUCAAGAUCGACGACGAGAGCGCAGUGAAGGCAGAAUCCGCCAAGGCCGGCGUGCCAGGCGACGUGCGCGUCCGCGGGAUCCCCAAGGAGCUGCCGGACUCCGGGACGCAAGACGCCCUGCUGGCGGGCCUCAAAUGGGGCCAACUGCCGCUGUACACGGACUUCUUCUUCGGUACGACGCCUGUCGGCAUCCAUCACAACGCCUACGUCGGCGGCCUGAAGCCGUGGCGCCUCAAGCACUGGUGGGACAAGAUGUGGUACUACCCGCGGUUGCGGGAGCUCGUGACACAACGCCUGCGGCCGGCCAAGGGCAACGCCACGCCGCUGGCCAAGAUCGCAUCUCCAGACGGCAAGGACAACAUCGUGUACUGGGCUCCUCGGGAGGACCAGCACAAGGCGGUGAGGGUGUUUGAGCCGUCGAAGACGCCGGGCGAUCAGUUUACGCCCAUCGGGUGGGAUGGCGUCUGCCAGAAGGGUAAAUCCAAGAAGUGGUAUGACGAGCUGUUUGGGGAUGGCAAGGGGCCUCUGGACAUUUAG